UAAAUGAAUCAAACUUACUAUCAAAAGGUGAUCAGAUUCAAAGUUACAAGCCAUGUAUAUAUAGAGAUAUACUUACUAGCAACUUGUGAGAGUACUAAUACCUUUUUUGUAUUUACCACCACACAACAAGAGAGAGAGAGAGAGAGAUGGAAAGAGUAGAGAAGAUGGAGAUGGUGGAGGAUGAUGGUCGCAUAAGAACAGGAACCUUAUGGACCGCGACGACGCAUGCUAUAACUGCGGUAAUAGGAUCCGGAGUACUUGCACUUCCAUGGAGUGUAGCUCAGAUGGGCUGGAUCAUCGGCCCGUUGGCCCUCAUCGCCUGCGCCUACGUUACAUACUACACUGCCAUUCUGCUAACCGAUUGCUACCGAACCCCUGACCCGGUUCAUGGCAGAAGGAACUACACUUACAUGGAUGUCGUGCGGUCAUGUCUCGGGCCUAGAGAUGUGGUUAUAUGUGGCCUUGCUCAGUAUGCAAUGUUGUGGGGGACCAUGAUUGGGUAUACAAUCACCACCGCGACGAGCAUCAUGGCGGUUGUGCGCACCAACUGCUUCCACUACAACGGCCGCGAUGCGAGCUGCGGUGCGUCGGGAACCUUAUACAUGGUCCUGUUCGGACUAGUGGAGAUUGUGCUGUCACAGUUUCCGAACUUGGAGAAGAUCACACUGCUGUCGGUAAUAGCUGCGGUGAUGUCGUUUACCUACUCAUUCAUCGGAUUGUUCUUGAGCAUAGCCAAGUUUGCUUCACACCAUUCGGUCCGAGGGACUCUUUUGGGGGUUAAGAUCGGUGUCGACGGUGUCUCUGCGUCGACCAAGACGUGGCACUCUUUGCAAGCUCUCGGAAAUAUAGCCUUCGCGUACACGUACGCCAUGCUUCUGAUCGAAAUUCAGGAUACACUCAAAUCACCUCCACCAGAGAACCAAACAAUGAAGAGAGCAAGCAUGUAUGGAAUUGGGGUGACGACGAUCUUCUACGUAUCGCUCGGGUGCCUUGGGUACGCGGCCUUUGGAAACGAUGCACCAGGGAACGUCCUCACUGGAUUCUACGAGCCUUUUUGGCUUGUCGACAUAGCCAACAUCGCCGUUUUGAUUCAUUUAGUCGGCGCGUAUCAGGUUUAUGGCCAACCGAUCUUCGCCAAGUACGAAGAAUGGCUCGCGAAGAAGUGGCCCGAUUCGGCCUUCUUCCACAAUGAGUACAAGCUCAAGCUACCUUUCUCGAAGGGUCGGGCCUACCGGUUCACAAUGUGCAAGCUCGUCUUCCGCACGGCCUUCGUCGUGAUAACUACACUGAUAUCUCUAAUGCUCCCUUUCUUCAAUGCUAUACUUGGAUUGCUCGGCUCGAUCGCCUUCUGGCCGCUAACUGUGUACUACCCCGUGACGAUAUACAUGACGCAAGCGAAGAUCAAGCGCGGGGAAAGAAAGUGGCUUGUGCUGCAGGGCUUGAAUGCUGUCGCGCUCGUCGUUUCGGUGCUGGCGGCGGUCGGAUCCGUCGCGGAUAUUGCUCAAAGACUCAAGCAUGUCACAAUCUUUAAGACUGAGUUGUAGAGGUCUAAGAAUUGCAUUUGUUGUACUACAGCCAUGAUCUCUACUACAUUCAUUCCAAGGAAUGGAAUUGUUUCUCUCUCUGUCUCUCUCUAGCCCUUAAAAUCUUUAUUGUGAUCGAGACAAUGGAAAAUAUUUCAAGUGCCUAUUUGAUUUGGCUAGAGCUUCUUAUAAAA